AUGGCCGGCUUAUCUGUCAGUCGGAGGAAGCCUCCUCCACCAAUGCUGAAUCUCAAAAACAUUAACGGCCAGCCCCAAAAGCGACAAGCGCCUCCAGGAGGCCCCCCUCCAGGUGGUCCUCCUCCAGGCGGUCCUCCUCCAGGGGGCCCUCCUCCACCAGUGCUGAAUCUCAAAAUCAUUGAUGGUCAGCAGCAAAAGCGACAAGCGCCCCCAAGGGGCCCUCCACCAGGUGGUCCUCCUCCAGGUGGUCCUCCUCCAGGUGGUCCUCCUCCAGGUGGUCCUCCUCCAGGUGGUCCUCCAGGGGGCCCUCCUCCACCAGUGCUGAAUCUCAAAAUCAUCGAUGGUCAGCAGCAAAAGCGACAAGCGCCCCCAGGGGGCCCUCCACCAGGUGGUCCUCCUCCAGGUGGUCCUCCACCAGGUGGUCCUCCUCCAGGCGGUCCUCCUCCAGGCGGUCCUCCUCCAGGUGGUCCUCCUCCAGGUGGCCCUCCUCCACCAGUGGUCCUCCUCCAGGCGGUCCUCCUCCAGGCGGUCCUCCUCCAGGCGGUCCUCCUCCAGGCGGUCCUCCUCCAGGCGGUCCUCCUCCAGGUGGUCCUCCUCCACCAGUGCUAA